AUGUUCCAGAAUACGAGAAUGAAAUCAGUGUCAUUUAUUUUCUCGUUCAUAAUUAUGUUCUUGCAUUUUCACUCAUUGCAGAUGCAUAGUUUGCCAAUUGCACCAGCGCUGUAUGUGUUUGGGGAUUCACUUUUUGACAGUGGUAACAAUAACUUUUUACCAACUAUUUGUAAGGCAGACUACUUGCCUUAUGGGGUGAAUUUUGUUAAGGGAGUCACUGGAAGAUUUACCAACGGAAGAACAGUAGCAGAUUUUAUAGCUGAGUUUCUUGGCCUACCAUAUCCUCCCCCAUACAUGAGCAUACGUAGAUCAGCGACAGCGCUUACAGGCCUGAAUUAUGCAUCUGGCUCUUGUGGCAUUCUGCCAGAAACUGGAAGCCAAUAUGGAAAAUGUUUGAAUCUAAAGGAUCAGAUGGAUUUGUUUCGAAGAACCGUGAAGUCGGACUUGCCAGGACAAAUAAAAAAUCAAACUGAUCUUCUGCAGUACUUGUCCAAAUCUAUAUUUCUGUUUUCUGUUGGCAGCAAUGAUUUCAUCAACAACUACCUCGAACCUGAAGUUUUCGAUACAAGCAAACGCUACUCUCCUCAACAAUUUGCACAUCUCUUAAUGGAUACAAUUGCUCAUCAUAUGGAGAGGUUAUACAACUUAGGAGCCAGGAAAGUAGUCAUGUUUGAAAUUGGUCCACUUGGAUGCAUUCCAUCCAUUGCAAAAACACACAAACACAGUGGAAACUGUGUGGAAAGUACAAAUGAGCUAGCCUCGAUUUUCAAUGACAAGCUUCGUGCAACACUUGUGAAUUUAACAACCACUUUCCAAGGUUCUUUCUUUGUUCUCGGUCGAGCAAACUGGAUUGGCUAUGAUGCAAUUACAAGUCCUGUUAAAUAUGGGCUAAUGGAUGGAAGCAAUCCAUGCUGUACUACUUGGGAAAAUGGGACUUCAGGGUGCAUUCCAUUGCUUAGACCGUGCUUCGAACCAAAUAACCACUUCUUUUGGGAUGCUUAUCAUCUAACGGAAUAUGCAGGCUCAGUUAUAGCAACAGGCUGCUUCAAUGGCUCAACCGUUUGCACCCCUUUAAACAUUAAGCAACUUGUGAAAAUGUAA